AUGAUCAUGAAGAAGGAGAAAGGAGAGGCCUCGGCGAGCACCGAGGAGAUCGCCGCCCCGAUCCUAGGGGCGCCGGAGGAUAGUGUGCCGCCGUGGGGAGUAAUUGAGCUCUCUGAUGACGAGUCAGAUGGUUUGGUUGCCUCCAUUGCUGCCGCCGCCAACAUCGGUCCCUCUGAAGCCAGCCCAUCUCCUCCUCGAGUUGCCGCCGUACCUAAUACGAGCGGCGACUAG